AUGAGAAUAUUGUAUAGUACAACUCCAAGAAAGUGUGUAAGGAGCUGCUUAACUCGUGAAGCGUAGAUCGGUAGAUCGUCGCACAUUGUACAUUGCAAGACUGCUUUCGGGCCACAUCAAAUUGCGCACUAUUGGGAAAUUAAAUAGUUAUUAAAAUGUCUGCCUACACAAGCAAAACGGGAGUGACUUCUAUUUUAAAGUCGUUUUCUAGUGCCGACCGGGAGCGAGCUAAGGCUGCGGCAAUCAACAAAGUCAGAUUCGCCACUCCCAAGGAGAAGGGUCUUUUGGAAUCGGUGCGUGCGGCACAAGGUGGAAAUUUUCACCUUGUCAAAGAAUUUUCUUACUAUCUUUUAGAAGCGGAUCUUGACGACGACGAAGUCUUACAGAUCAUGAAGGAUGGACGCAAAAUUGUGCACAGCUUGACUCCAGAUUUUGCUGACGUUGUUGAGGCUCUGCUUUCCUUUAACUGGCGAAAGCGCUGUCCCGAAGUUGUUGAAGCUUACACGGAAUUCAGCAUUGACAUUAUGGUGGCCCAUAACACAUAUAUUCCCAUAGGAUUAUCAAAAUGUAUUGUCCAUUGGAUACCCGGGGAUCUGCAAGCCGCCGACUGGGUCAAUGGAUGUCCUGCGGAAGGAACGCGCACUGAGCUGAAAACAGUUCAUGACAUCCUCAACCGCAUUUUGACCGCUGUUCCGAUGGCGUUCGAUGUUGUUAUAGAUGUUAUAUCCGCUAAAUUUCCAUACUUCAAGAAACCAGCACAUGUCACAGCUGGCUACCUAUACAAUGUGCUAUGGUUAAUGGAGUACAAACCGAUGUUUGAGGAGCUCGUUUUGCAGCUGGUUUUGCAAAAACUUCUAAUAUUGGAUGUAAACGCUCCAAGAGAUGAGAUCGUCGAAACAGACGAGGACGAAGACAAAAUGGACGAAGGCGGCGUCUUUACAAUAGAUGAUAUAACCAGUGACACUGUGGUCAAGCAGCCGGAAGAUUCGGUUGUUCAUCCCAUCGGACACACGCUAGACACAUGUCUGUCUAUGCUUUACAAGUUUGUGGACAGUAAAACUAGAAUUCUGCCCGACUGUAGCGAGGGUAAACGGUGGGCUGCAAAUCGCUUCUUCAAGACGCUGCUGUAUAUCUUCGACGAGGUCUUGCUGCCCAGUCAUAAUACCCAUCAUGUGCAAUUUGUCAUCUUCCAUGUGUGCAGCAUUCGCUCGGCAUAUUCGGAGGCUUUUCUAAGCUCGCUCUGGCUGAAAGUGCAGAAUCCUAACGUAUCGGCUAUUAUUCGCCACGCUGCUGUCGGCUACAUAGCUAGCUAUUUAGCUCGUGCUAAAUUUGUCCCACUUAGCACAAUUAAAUUGUAUCUCAACGAACUGAGCAACUGGGCGAAUAGCUACAUAGGCGACUCGGACCAGUACAGCAGUCAAAAUGGCUCGUUAAAGGCCAACAUGGUUUUCUUCUCCGUCUGUCAGUCGAUUUUCUAUUUGAUUGCCUUUCGGGCAAAAGACUUGACAAAGGAUUUGCACUUCCUUCAAUUGCUUCCCCUCUCCCGCAUCGCCAUGUCCCACCUAAAUCCCUUGCGAUAUUGCCUACCAGCAGUGGCUACUGCAUUUGCUGGUGUGACGCGGACCCAUCAAUUGGCCUAUUGCCAUACAGUUUUAGAGCGUAACGCUCGACGAAAGUUGGCCACCGUCUAUGGCCAUGAUAAGGCGAUGCCUGAGGAGACGCUUGAAACAUUUUUUCCCUUUGACCCCUACAUGCUGAAAUUAUCUAACAAAUAUAUUGAGCCCAACUAUCUAGUCUAUAAGGCGCAUGAGAUGGAAGAGAGCGUUGCGACAGAAACUUUUCGGCGCAAACGCGGCGACUCUGAAAUGGUUGAGGAAGACGACUUUAUACUGGCAGACAAACGUCAGAGGAUGAAUGAACUUUCCAAGAGCCAGGAGUUCGACAAGCACUUUCAUUUCGGAACUUCGCCAGGCUUUAAUUCAUAAUAUGUUAUACAUAGUAUUGAUAAAGUUAAAAUAUACCUUCGCAUCUGUUA